AUGUCAGACUGGUUACAAUACUACAUCAUGGAAUCUACCAAUGCUCAGAUCAACAAUAACGACUCACUCGUGCCCACAUUCCAACCAGAUGUCCCAGGCCCGCUGAUUGUCAGCGGUUCAGCAGUAGGAGUGUGGAACACCGCAGUCGAAACGGCCCAAUACCGAAUCCAAAAUCAUACUACUGCGCUGCCUUCUCCUUUUCCGAUAACCAUCGAGGAUAAGUGCUGGGUAAUGCUGAUGGCAUUGAGGAGGGAAGAAGAGUUGCAGGAGACAAUGAGAUACCUGGAAAACGCGUGGCGGGAGCUCACCAAAGUGAAGAAGCUGUUGGGGAUUGGAAGUUAG